AUGCAGUGUAAUUGUGGAAGCUCUGAAGGUGGACAGUCUCCAAAAGCUUUGCUCAUCCUUGGAACCUAUUCUUCGCAGAGUUGUAAAUUGCUAUCUGGAACAGUUGCUGUUAAACAGGUUAGUGAAGAAGUGGAACGUGCUUUGGCGAAGUUGGGCCCUCCUAGACUCAACGGAAGGUCUUCACCCAAACGACUUGAAGGACCAGAUGGAAGAAACUUGCAGCUGCACUUUAAAUCCAGACUGUCUCUGCCCCUCUUCACAGGGGGGAAGGUAGAAGGGGAGCAGGGUGCUGCUAUCCAUAUUGUCUUGGUUGAUACCUACACUGACCAUGUAGUGACAUCUGGACCUGAAUCUUCUGUAAAGCUGGAUGUUGUUGUACUGGAAGGUGAUUUCAACAAUGAAGACGAUGAGAACUGGACUCAAGAAGAAUUUGACAGUCAUGUUGUGAAAGAACGUGAAGGAAAAAGACCACUUCUAACUGGAGAGUUACAAGUGACACUCAAGGAAGGUGUGGGAACAUUAGGGGAGCUUACGUUUACAGAUAACUCAAGCUGGAUAAGGAGCAGAAAGUUCAGACUUGGCCUGAAGGUUACCUCAGGAUGUUGUGAGGGCAUACGCAUUCGUGAAGCAAAAACAGAAGCUUUCACUGUUAAAGAUCAUAGAGGAGAAUUAUACAAGAAACACUAUCCACCUGCUUUAAAUGAUGAAGUGUGGAGAUUGGAGAAGAUUGGCAAGGAUGGGUCAUUCCACAAGAGGCUUAAUAAGGCUGGGAUAUUUACUGUUCAGGACUUUCUUCGACUGGUGGUCCGAGACUCCCAAAAAUUGCGGAAUAUUCUUGGUACUGGUAUGUCAAAUAAGAUGUGGGAUGCUCUAAUAGAGCAUUCAAAAACUUGCGGCUUGAGUGGGAAGCUUUAUGUAUAUUAUCCUGAUGAUACAAGAGAUGUGGGUGUUGUUUUCAACAAUAUCUACGAGCUGUGUGGCCUGAUAGCUAGCGAACAAUACUAUUCAGCAGAUUCACUUUCUGACAGCCAGAAGAUAUAUGUGGAUACCUUGUUGAAGAAAGCCUACGACAAUUGGAACCAAGUUGUAGAGUAUGAUGGGAAGUCGCUUUUGAGCUUUAAGCAAAGCAAGAGGUCGAGUACAACUCGAAAUGAACUUCCAAUGGAUCCCGUGGAUUAUCCUAAUGCUUUGGAAAAUCAGCUUCCUCCAGCACGGUUGCCAGCAUCAGUUCCUGCUGAGCGGUCUUCAGUGGAUUCGAGUUUGCUACUUAGAGGUCUGGGUUAUAAUGACAAUAUGGCAACUAGAUACCAAACCCAGUCUCAGAUCAUGAAUUCCAAUUCCCACCCUCAGUUUGACAGCACUCCAUUUGCUCCGCAUGACCAGAGAAUUAACAAUUCUCAUCAUAUGCAAACUAGAGAACAUAAUAAUAGGGUCGGACUGGCCCUUGGUCCUCCGCAAUCAUCUUCAUCCUUCCAUACAGUAAGCUCCUCUGUUCAGCAAUCCAGUCUUAACCCCUUUGAUGACUGGUCCCACAACCGGGACAAGGGUGUCGAGGACUUCUUGUCAGAGGAGGAGAUUCGCAUUAGAAGCCAUGAGAUGCUUGAGAAUGAAGAUAUGCAGCAUUUGCUUAGACUCUUCAGCAUGGGAGCUCAUGCCUCUGUCAAUGUGCCUGACGAUGCUUAUGCUUUCCCAUCAUACAUGUCAUCACCUUCUCCGAACUUCAGUUUUGAUGAGGAUCGCAGCCGUUCUGGAAAAGCUGUCGUGGGUUGGCUGAAAAUCAAGGCAGCAAUGAGGUGGGGCUUCUUCAUAAGGAAGAAGGCAGCUGAGAGGCGGGCCAAGAUUGUGGAGUUAGAAGACGAAUAGUUGGGUAUUGGAUGUUGACAAUGUUGAAUCUCAACAGUGGAAGCACAAAUUCAAGGCUUUGGAACUACACUGAAGAUUUCAGGAGUCUUUAGAACCCCUGAUGGUUGUAUAGCAAACAUCAGACAUGUCAUGUACAGUUUCCUGUACAGUAAGUUGUUCAAAUUAACUGACGAUGUAUUAACGUGAAUGCUUUUCGCUCUUGAUUCUGCUUCUUGUUUGUUAAUUAUAUCUGGGUUUCGGACAUGAAGGUGCUUAUGACUGAAAAUGAUGACCUUUCUCGAGCCUGACGACUGAUUAGGGAAACAUGUAUGAAACUUGGUCAAGCUGCCUAUGACCUUUUGCUGUUGAUUGUUGUAUAAGAAUCGUGCUUAAUUUUUUAUUACAUUAAAUAUGCUUAUGAGCUCGUCCUGUGGGUGCUGGAAUUAAAUUUGUACUUGUUUGAUAAACGUUACGAGCAUAAUGAAUGCGAUAUCUUUAUUAUCC